AUGUCUACAAAUUACAAGCGCAAGAAUAACCGGCAGUCGUGGACCGCUCAGCAGUUAGAACAAGCCAUUAAGGCUGUAAAAAGUGGAUCGCCGGUGAAGACAGCAGCAAGAAGUUACGCAAUUCCAAGAUCCACACUGAUUCGCCACCUCACAAGUCCAACUGUAUCAACUUGGCUAGGACCUCUUGAUUCUGUAUUCAAUUCUCAACAAGAAGAGGAGCUGGUACAACAUCUGUUGGAUUUGGAAAAGGGAUGGCUGGAAAAGCUUGGCAAUUUUCUGAAACGAAAUCCCAAAUUGUCGUUCCGUAAACCUCCAGCUACCUGUGCCGCCCGAGCCAGAGGCUUCAAUACGCCAGCAGUAUCUGCGUUUUACGAUUUGCUGGAAGAAGCGCUGAAAGAUCACAAAUUGACGCCAGAUCGUGUUUUGAACGUCGAUGAGACUAGUGUUCCUCCGAAGAAGUCUAAGGUAGCGGCAUUGAAAGGCAAAAAACAGGUUGGUGGUAUUACAUCUGCGGAACGCGGAGAAACAGCUACGGCAGUAAUGUGCAUGUCCGCAACCGGACAGCACCUUCCGCCGUUCUUCAUUUUUCUUCGCAUACGGAUGCACGAAGCUUUGAAGAAAGGGGCCUCACGUGGAAGCAAAUUUGCCUGUAAUGCAUCGGGUUACAUGACGGUCGAAAUAUUCAAUGAGUGGUUCGAUCACUUUUUGGAGCAUGUAAAACCUUCUGAAGACAGUCCUGCCUUGCUCAUAAUUGAUGGCCACUCGUCGCACACGAAGAACCUAGCUUUUACCGAGAAAGCUAGAGCUAACUUUGUUAAGGUUCUAGUUUUACCACCUCACACUAGCAACAAACUUCAACCGCUUGAUGUAUCCUUUAUAGCACCUUUCAAGACGUACUACGCACAGGAAGUAGAGCGUUUCCUACAACAGAAUCCAGGUAAAGUCGUCAGCCAAUAUAACGUUGCCGAGCUCAUGAAACCUGCAUUCAUCAAGGCGGCUACUACGGAAAUUGCUGAGAAUGGGUUCGAAAAAACAGGAAUUUGGCCAUUUGAUCGCAAUAUUUUUUCCGAUGAUGACUCUGCCACGGUGACUGAUCAACCCGAUCCUGAAAUUCUUAGUGAAGAAGAGACUUCAAUUGCAUCUUGA